UGAAAAAUCCCAUUUUCCCCCAUUUUAGCUUCCCAUUUCCUGGCUCUUUGAAAUGGCCCGCCACCUGAAACCCCUUCCCUCUUCACUCAGAGUCUCCUCUCUCUUUGCUUUUGACCUCGUGCUUCCUACGGUGGAAAACGUACUCUUCUCUCCAAUUCCACAAUCUGAAAGUGUGUAAUUUUGAUUUUUAACUUUGCAUUGCUGCGCUUUUGCUUGCUCCUGGUUGAGGAUUUGAAGAGUUGCAAUUUCGCUAUCAUGGUAGACACUCCAAGGGAGGAUAUUACAAAUACACUUCGGAUACUUGUUGCAACUGAUUGCCACCUGGGCUAUAUGGAGAAGGAUGAAAUACGACGACAUGAUUCUUUCCAGGCAUUCGAAGAGAUAUGCUCAAUAGCAGAGCAAAAGCAGGUGGACUUCUUGCUCCUUGGUGGUGAUCUUUUCCAUGAAAAUAAGCCCUCAAGGUCAACCUUAGUCAAGGCCAUUGAGAUUCUCCGCUGUCAUUGUCUCAAUGAUAGACCAGUGCAGUUUCAAGUUGUUAGUGACCAGACUGUAAAUUUUGCAAAUACAUUUGGCCAUGUAAAUUAUGAAGACCCCCACUUCAAUGUUGGUUUGCCAGUGUUCAGCAUCCAUGGAAAUCAUGAUGAUCCUGCUGGAGUGGACAACCUUUCAGCAGUUGAUAUUCUUUCAGCAUGCAAUCUUGUGAACUAUUUUGGCAAAAUGGUUCUUGAGGGUUCCGGUGUUGGUCAGAUCACACUCUACCCUAUCCUUAUUAGGAAGGGUUCAACAGCUGUGGCUCUGUAUGGUCUUGGGAAUAUUAGGGAUGAGCGACUCAACAGAAUGUUUCAGACACCACAUGCUGUGCAAUGGAUGAGACCUGAAUCUCAAGAAGGGUGUCAACUGUCUGAUUGGUUCAACAUUCUGGUGCUUCAUCAGAACAGAGUGAAGACAAAUCCAAAGAAUGCAAUAAAUGAGCAUUUUCUACCAAGAUUCCUGGACUUCAUAGUGUGGGGACAUGAGCAUGAAUGUCUUAUUGAUCCGCAGGAAAUUCCUGGGAUGGGAUUUCAUAUCACUCAACCUGGUUCUUCAGUUGCAACAUCACUAAUUGAUGGAGAAUCAAAACCAAAGCAUGUGCUGCUUCUAGAAAUUAAGGGAAAUCAAUAUCGCCCAACCAAGAUACCUUUGACUUCAGUGAGACCUUUUGAAUAUGCAGAGGUUGUGUUAAAGGAUGAACCUGACAUUGAUCCCAAUGAUCAGAGCUCAAUUCUUGAACAUUUGGAUAAAGUGGUCAGUAAUCUGAUAGAGAAAUCUAAUAGCAAGGCAGUUACCAGAUCAGAGCUUAAGCUUCCAUUAGUUCGACUAAAGGUAGAUUACUCUGGAUUUAUGACAAUAAAUCCUCAACGAUUUGGACAGAAGUAUGUGGGGAAGGUUGCAAAUCCUCAAGAUAUUCUUAUAUUCUCAAAGGCUUCUAGGAAGUGUCAGGGCCAAGCUAAAAUUGACGAUUCUGAACGUCUUCGCCCAGAAGAGCUAAAUCAGCAAAAUAUAGAAGCUUUGGUCGCUGAAAGCAACCUGAAAAUGGAAAUUCUUCCAGUCAGUGAUUUGGAUGUUGCACUGCACAAUUUUAUUAAUAAAGAUGACAAAAUGGCAUUCUAUUCUUGUGUGCAAUACAAUAUUCAAGAAACACGUAAUAAAAUUGCAAAGGAUUCAGAUACCACAAAGUUUGAAGAGGAGGAUAUAAUUCUCAAAGUUGGAGAUUGUUUGGAGGAACGUGUCAAGGAAAGGUCUAUGCUCUCUAAGGAUGCUCCACAAUUCACAUCUAGUGCACAGCCCACAGAGCAUAUCAAAAGCACAAGUGCUGCAGGAAUUGGAAGUGCAGUUUCUUUCAGUGAUGAGGAAGACACAGGACAGAUAUCUGGUUCAAGGGCCUCGGGUAGAAACCAGAAAGGUUCAAAAGUAGUUUCUAGGCCUUCUCAUGAUGCUUCAGAAGCUGGUAAAGGUAGAGCUUCAAGAGGAAGAGGUAGGGGCAGAGGCAGAGGCUCAAGUAACUUGAAGCAAACAACUCUUGAUGCAACUCUUGGGUUUCGCCAAUCUCAAAGAUCAGUCUCGGUUGCUGCAACAGCUGCAGUUAGAAGUGUUGCUGAUGAGGUGGAAAAUGUAGAUUCUGCUUCUAGUGAAGAUGCUGAGAAUAAUAAAAUCAAUGAGGUUGACGAUAGUUCGGAUGAUGGUAAAAGUGUUCGAGGCAAAGGGCGCAAAAGAGCUGCUCCUGGUGGAAGAGGAAGAGGAGCCACAACCACAAAGCGGGGAAAGAAAUUGGACAACUCAGCAAUUCAAAGAAUGCAUAUGUGGAAGGAUGAUGAUGAUGAUGAAGAUUUGGCAAAAAGAUUAAAUAAGUCUCAACCUCGGGUAACAAGGAAUUAUGGAGCUUUAAGGAGGCAAGGAUAAACGAGGAUCAACCCUAUUGCAAAUCCCACUCUAGCACAUUGUUUGUUAUGGUGGCGCAUUAUGUAGAACCAUUUUGGUGCAUAACGUCAUGUAAAGAGUGUUCUUGGGAAGUUUUGAAGAAGAGAGAACUAAACAGAGCAUUUUUCUUCAACAUAACUGAAAUUUUGCUGGAAAUGUGUAUAUUAAAUGCUGCUUGCUUUAUGUUUACUUUUGAGGGAGUGGAUACCACUCUUGAUGAUAUUGUUACCUUGUACAGAUUUUACUUGGUAUAGCAAUGACACAUGAGAGAUCGAUCAUGUAUUUAAUA